GGUCGAUGAGAUGUAAGAGUCGGGCGUUCCUACCUUCGCGAAGCAACGACCCCGCCACCCAUGUGGCUGAAGCGUGGCCGUGGACCCUUCGAUUUGUCACGCCGAAUGAUGGCAUCAUCGCCGCGGUCCAUUUCCCUUUUCCCAAUCGAAGCGGCAAACUUACAAUACAUAACAACUGACCAGCAAAUAUGUCGAAUGCGCCCGCGCAACCCAUGAACGUACCCUCGGGUGCGCAAACCGCCACUGUCGCUGCCGGAUGCUUCUGGGGUGUCGAGCACAUGUACCGGAAAGAAUACAAGGGAAAGGGCUUGUACGAUGCGAGGGUCGGAUAUAUCGGUGGUGACACAGAGAACCCGGGGUACAGGGCUGUAUGCAGCGGACGCACUGGUCAUGCCGAAGCCCUACAGGUUGUUUACGACCCCGAGAAAGUAACCUACCGUUCCCUCCUCGAAUUCUUCUACAAGAUGCACGAUCCCACUACCUCCAACCGCCAAGGUCCAGAUGUUGGCAGCCAAUACCGAUCCGCCAUCUUUUACCACGAUGCCGAGCAGGAGAAGAUUGCGCGAGACGUUACCGACAAGGUGAACAAGCAGUGGUGGAAGGGAAGUGUCGCAACGGAGAUCCUACCCGCAGGAAAAUGGUGGGAUGCUGAACAGUACCACCAAUUGUACUUGGACCAUAACCCGGGCGGUUAUGAGUGCCCGAGCCACUUCUUGAGGAGUUUCCCGCCGCUUUCUGACUAAGUUGGGAUAAGAUAUAAUGCUAUAUACGCGUCCAAUCUAGAAUGAUAUGUCUCACGGCGAAAGACUCCUUGUUCAAUUUGUGGCGAUGAAUCUGAUA